AUGAGCAACCCAACUCAAUACCGACCUCGGCGCCCAGUGCCCUCCCCGUCGAAUACCGUCCUCCUCGAGGCGCAGAAACAAUGGUUCUUCACCGACGAAGAACUACUACGAACGCCCUCGCUACUCGACGGAAUGGACCUGGAAACCGAGCACAUGCAUCGCAGCAAAGGCGUGAAUUUCAUCAUGCAGGUGGGCAUGAUGCUAAAACUGCCACAGCUGACACUCACGACGGCCGCGGUGUUUAUGCAUCGGUUCUUUGUGCGGCAUCACAUAUGCGAUCCGCCUCGCUCGCAGGGUCACCAUGCGUACUCGGUCGCGGCGGGCUGUGUGCUAUUGGCGAGCAAAGUGGAUGAAAACUGUCGCAAGAUUAAAGAAGUUGUUAUUGCGUGCUGCCGUGUCGCGCAGAAGAAGCCGAAUCUGGAGCUGGACGAGCAAGACAAGGAGUUUUGGAAGUGGAAGGACACCCUGCUGGCCUACGAGGAUUUGGCUCUGGAGGCAUUGUGUUUUGAUCUGCAGCUGGAGCAGCCGCACAAGAUCUGCUACGAUUUUCUGUGUUAUUUUGGUAAAAAUGAUCACAGGCUGCUACGCAACGCCGCGUGGGCCUUUUUGAACGACUGCAAUUUCACCGUGCUCUGUCUGCUGUUCUACCCACGCACUAUUGCCGCUGCGGCGCUGUGGGCUGGCGCCAGACUCUGCGAUGUCGCGUUCGAAGACGAUGAGGAAGGUCGGCCCUGGUGGGUGCAGAUCGACGUGAACCUGGCUGACGUGCAGAGAGCCGUCAGUCGCAUGACGGAGCUGUACGAAAAGAACACAGUCCACAGAAAAUCGCACCAGUAUCCGACAAUCUCGGCAGACAGCGACGGGGCAGCAGAGACGACGCGAAUCGUCAAUGCGCAUCCUAUCCCCAGCACCGACGAGCCAUCUGCCGAUGCCGAUGGUACUUCAAAUGGCCGCAAACGGUCGAGAGACGCCGAGGACGAGUCAAUGAGCAGAACCGAGGGCUCUUCUUCGCAACUCCGAGUCAACAACUACAGCAACAACAGUCACGAACCGUCACCGAAACGGCAGCGGACGGCAUCGCCUCCCAAUGGGCUUCGGCCCAGCUCGAGAAUCCCUGCUGCGGCCAGACAUCAUCCUCUACCACGGCCUCUGCCUGUAUCAGCGUCUGUCAAUGGCAGCAACACCAGCCAGGCGGGAGACUCGGUCGAUCCCGUGCAGCAGCGAAUCGAUGAGAUUGUCCACCAGGGGUCGAGGAAUGGGAAUACGAAUAAUAGUAAUAACUACCCGGAACGUGACCGUGGCCGCGACCGCGAUCAAAAUUGGGAUAGGGACCGCGACCACGAAAGAUACCGCGAUCAUGACAGAGAACGGGACAGAGAUCGAGAUCGAGACUGGGACUCUCGCGAUCGCGGCAGAGGAGAAGAUGGUUACGGCGGAGGCAGCGACAGAGACGCGCGACGGCCGUCGGUAGCGACAAACACGUCGACUGGAUCUGAUACUCGGCAUCACCAUCAUCAUCAUCAUCAUCAACAACAUCACCAACAACAACCGACAAGAAAUGGCAACGAAAUCCCUAUGCGAGGACAGCGAAGAGGUGCCUACGAUGAAGAAGAAGAGGAAGGGGAGAUCAACUCUGAUCGCGAAGAGGGAGAAGUAACCAGCACGAACCCAGCGUCCACGCAGCACCACGCCGACGACGACGACGGUGGUGGUGGUGGGAGCGAAGAGGGCGAGCUGUGA